AUGCCUCAUGAGAAGGGAUAUCGUUCGACUCGCUCAUCACAUUUACAUAACAAUGUAAAUCAAAAUGAUAAUGGAACUGAUAAAAUUUCUUCCAAUCGAGAAGUUAAAGAACGUGGAUAUUAUUCUGAAUUAGCAACAAUUAAUCCUGAUUCAAAAUUUGAAGUUGCUAAACAAGUACCUAUUGCACAUGAUGAUGUUUUACGUGAAACAUUUCGUUUAUCAAAUACAGCACGAGGUACGUUCUUUUUUGCAAAUUUUAAAUUAAAUAAUCUAGAAAAUCAUGGUGUUUUUUUUCUAAUUGAAACUUUAGCAAGUGUAUUCGAUUUACAAGGAAUUGAUAUUGCACAAUUAUUAGCUAAUAGUAAACAAGGAGAAUUUACUACAGAAUUUAAACGUAGUGAUGUAUAUUUGGAAAAAACUAUUGAACCAAAAGUAUUUAUGCCAUUUUAUACGGCACCAUAUACAUUACCAAGAAAAGUUGAAAUUGAACGACGAAAACGUCUUUAUCUUUCACUUGAUUUACCAACAUUACUUCAAGAACGAAAUAUUGAUACAAAUAAACUUAUGCCUAAAUAUGUACCAGCUGAUCAAAUUGUUACAUUAAAUAUUCCAAAUGAAGAUCCAGCACCAUUUGAUCCAUUUUUACCAUUACAUUAUUUUGAUGAUACUGAUUUUGAAAUUUGGACACCACAAGCAUGGCUUACUUUAGGUCAUGAUCCAUUGACUGGUUUAAAUAAACCAUUACCUGGUAUUGCACUUUUACCUGAUGUACCAGCGUCUGAAAUUAAUGAUAUAAAAGAUAGUAGUUUACAUUUUAAUUGGAGAAAUGUUAGUAUUCAUGAUUAUGAUACUGAAAAACAAUUAUGGCUUAUAACAACUGAUGAUAGAGAACAUGAUGUUUUUGAUAUGUAUCGACCAGCAAAAAAAAGUCGUAAACAAAUAGAAGACAUUGAAGAGAAACGACAAAGAUCAGAUAAUUCAACCUCAAAUGGUCAUGGUAGUCAUCGUUCACGUGGUAGUCAUGGUCGUUAUUGGGUGCCACGUGUUCAAUUAUAUUUUCUUGCUGAAGAUCCACGUAUAUUUGCUGAUCGUGUUGCUAAAGCAUAUCGUGAUCGAAAACGUACUGAAGCUGAACUUCGUUCGGCAUUGUUUAUUGAUUGUAUGCCAGUUGAUGGUAUUGGUAAACUUGAUGAUGAACGUAUAAAACGAAUGAUUGAAUUAACUAAAACAAGUGCUAUAUCAAAAACAGUUAAAGAUGAAUAUGUAACACCAAUAGUUGAAGAAGUAAAUCUGGAUUAUGCCCGUACAAUGAAUUCAAUGAUAUUUGAAGAAGUUACUCAAUCAGAUCCAGUAUCAUUUGCAUUUAUAACAUUACCAAUAAAACAACGUCGAGUUGUACCUCAUACUGCUUGUGUUGAUAUACCUGAAUAUUCAUUUAAUGAAGUUUUUGAUCAAUUCAAAUUUAUUUCAUUAUUAACAUCAAAACCAGCUAUUGAUGCAUUAAAACUUGUUCGAACUGAAUGUGAUUAUGUUAUUAAUAAUUUAAGCUUAUUACAAAAAACUAUUCCAAAACAUGUUAAACUUGAUGAAUUUGAAAGUAUGCAAUUCAAUCAAACAUCAACUACACAUAUGUAUUUAACUGAUACAUGGAAAAAUAAUCUUCGACAAGGUAUCAAAACAAAAUUUAUUGAUGUUGGACGUGGAUGGUAUAAUAUAAAUGAAUCUGAUUUUCAUAUAUAUCAAGUAUCAAAAUUAAAAAAAUUUAUCGAACGUGUUAAAUUUAUGAUGCAAGAUACACUUCGAUUUCUUGUACAAGAUUCAUGUCAAAAUUAUGUUCGAAUGGUAGCAGAUGCAAGUUCACCUGUUUUAAAUAUGAAAGAAGAUUUUAAAUGGCCACAAAAUGACUUAAUCAAUAGCCCAUAUAAACCACCAAAAAAUCCAUUAUUUCAUUUGGAUAUAACUAUUGAUCAAGUUGGUCCACGCUAUAUAACAUCAUAUGAAAAUUUUUCAAAUAUUAUUUUGGGAGCAUUUGAUCGUGCUAUUGUACAAACACAAGCUAUACCACAAAUUGAAAAAGACAUAAUGGAAAAUAUUUUUUGGGGUGGUGAAAUGUUAAAAUUAGAAUCAGUUGCUUUACAAGAAAAUAAAGUUAUUGAAUGGAAAGAAACUUUACAAAAAACGGUUCAAGCCUCACUUAUACCAUUAAAAGCUUAUGCUGAAGCGUAUGAACCUUAUGUAGCAUUAAUGAAUCUUAAUACUGAUCAGUAUAUAAAAGAAUUUGAAAAAACAGAAAAAUCUAUUGAAGAAUAUCGAAAUGAAGUUUUAAUGCAUGUACGCGAAAAAGAUAAACUUGAAAAAAAUAUUCCUGUAUCAAUUGUUAUUGGUCCUUAUUAUAUAUUUGCACAAAAAUUACGUGAAGCUUUAUCAAACAAAAGAAAAUUAUUGAUUGAAGCUUUAUUAUUAAGUCAAACACGAAAAGCAAGAACAAGAACAGAAGAAUUGAAUGAUACAUUUCGGGAUAUUCAACGAAAAUUAUUUGAAAAAGCAAAUACAGCUGAAGAUUUAGCUGAACAUCGUGAAUGGAUGAAAUCAGUACCAGAACAAUUAGAUGACAAAAAAGAUGAUAUACAUAAAGUACUUGAAGAAUUUGCAAUGCUUGAUGAAUUUUAUUAUAAUUUAAGUAAUGAAGAUUUUGCUUUGAAAUAUGGUCUAUCAGCAUGGUCAUGGAAAAUUCGAACGAUGCUUGAACAAGUUGAAGAACAACAUAAAGAAGAUGAAGAAAGAUUUAAAAAAUUACAAGUACAAGAUACAGCAGCACUUAAUGAUAAAACGGAUCAACUUACAAUGUCUGUCGCUGGUCUCUCAGCACAUACAAGUAUUGAACGAGCUCAUGAAGUGGCUAAUGAAUGUCGUAAACUUAAUAAAGCUCUUAAAGAAUGCCAAGAAGCAGCACAAACAUAUAAUAAUCGUGAACGUUUACUUGGUUUACCUGUAACUAAUUACGAAAAAUUGGCUAAACUUGUUAAAGAUUUUGAACCAUAUCGUGUUCUUUGGUCAACAGCAUCUGAUUGGCUUCGUUCACAUGAUAGUUGGAUGAAUGAUCCAAUUAUAUCUGUCAAUGCUGAAGAUAUUGAAAAGAAUGUCACUGAAAUGUAUGUUUUCCUUGUUUUUAUUGAAUUAUCAUUACGUUUUAUUUUUAAUCUUAGGUACAAAAAUAUGCAUAAAUCCAUCAAAACCUUCACAGACAAUGAGGGUAUUCAACAGAUUGCAUUAACAGUUAAAGGUCAAAUUGAAGAUUUUAAACCUUCAAUUCCAUUGAUACAAGCAUUACGUGCACCUGGCAUGCGUAAUCGUCAUUGGGAAGAGCUUUCAGAAUUGGUUAAAAUGCCUGUAAGACCAAAGAAAGAAUUAACAUUUUCGAAAUGUUUAGAAAUGGGUUUACAAAAAUAUAUUGAUAUGAUAUCAAAAGUAGCUGAAAAAGCUGCAAAAGAAUUUUCUAUUGAACAACAACUUGAUAAAAUGGAAAAUGAAUGGAAAUCUGUUCGAUUUGAUGUUUUACCAUAUAAACAAACGGGUACAUUUAUUAUCAAAACAUCUGAAGAAAUAUCACAAAUGCUUGAUGAUCAUAUUGUUGCUACACAAUCAAUGUCAUUUUCACCAUUUAAAAAAGCAUUUGAAGAACGUAUAGCUGCAUGGGAAAACAAAUUAAAAAUUACACAAGAAGUUUUAGAUGAAUGGCUUGCCUGUCAACGUUCAUGGCUGUAUCUUGAACCAAUUUUUUCAUCAGAAGAUAUUAUUCGACAAUUACCUGUUGAAUCAAAACGAUAUCAAACAAUGGAACGUAUAUGGCGUAAAGUAAUGAAACAAGCUAAAGAUAAUCCUGAAGUUAUAUCAUUGUGUCCUGAAGCACGUUUACGUGAUAAUUUACGUGAAGCAAACAAAUUACUUGAACAAGUACAAAAAGGUUUAAGUGAAUAUUUAGAAACAAAACGUAUGGCAUUUCCAAGAUUUUAUUUCUUAUCUGAUGAUGAAUUACUUCAAAUUUUAUCACAAACUAAAGAUCCUAAAGCUGUUCAACCACAUUUAAGAAAAUGUUUUGAAAAUAUUACUAAAGUUAAAUUUGAAGAUGAUAUGCGUAUUUCAAAAAUGUAUUCAGCUGAACAAGAAGAAGUUGAUUUUCGAAAAGAUAUAUAUCCAGUUGGUAAUGUUGAAGAUUGGAUGUGUGAAAUUGAACGAGUUAUGCGUGAAACAUUACGACAAAUUAUUCACGAUGCUUUAGAAGAUUAUGUUACACGACCACGUAAAAAAUGGGUUCAAUAUUGGCCAGGUCAAGUUGUUGUAGCUGGUUCACAAACAUUUUGGACUAAACAAGUAUCAGAAGCAUUACAAAAAAAAGAAAUUCAGAAAUAUCAUAAACAACAAUUAGGUGAAUUAGAUGAUCUUCGAGAUUUAGUACGUGGAGAAUUAACAGAUAAUGCACGUGAAACAUUAAAAGCAUUAAUUGUUAUUGAAGUACAUGCACGUGAUGUUGUUAUUAAUCUUAUUGAAGAAAAAGUUAUGGAUGUCAAUGAUUUUGAAUGGAUAUCACAGUUACGUUAUUAUUGGACUGAUGAUCAUUUAUAUAUUCGUGCUGUCAAUGCUGAAUUUCGAUAUGGUUAUGAAUAUUUAGGUAAUACACCACGAUUGGUUAUCACUCCAUUAACAGAUCGAUGUUAUUUGACAUUAACUGGUGCUUUACAUUUGAAAUUUGGUGGUGCACCAGCUGGACCUGCUGGUACAGGAAAAACUGAAACAACAAAAGAUUUAGCUAAAGCUAUGGCUGUACAAUGUGUCGUAUUUAAUUGUUCAGAUCAAUUAGAUUUUAUGGCCGAACGAUUUAUGUUUGAAGGAAAAGAAAUUGUACUCAAACCAUCCUGUGCUGUAUUUAUUACAAUGAAUCCAGGUUAUGCUGGCCGUACCGAAUUACCUGAUAAUCUUAAAGCUCUAUUUCGACCUGUUGCUAUGAUGGUUCCUGAUUAUGGUCUUAUUGCUGAAAAUUCUCUGUUUUCAUUUGGUUUUUCGGAAGCUAAACCAUUAGCUAAAAAGAUUGUACAAACGUUUAAAUUAUCAUCAGAACAAUUAAGUUCACAAGAUCAUUAUGAUUUUGGUAUGCGUGCUGUCAAAUCAGUUAUAUCAGCAGCUGGUAAUUUAAAACGUCAAUAUCAGAAUAUGAAUGAGGAUUUAAUUUGUCUACGAGCUAUUCGCGAUGUUAAUAUUCCGAAAUUUCUUCAAGAUGAUUUGAAAUUAUUUACUGGUAUUGUUUCUGAUCUUUUUCCGAAAAUUAAAGAAGAACCUAUUGAUUAUCAAAUACUCGAAGAAGGUUUACGUCAUGCAUGUAAACAACUUAAAAUUAAAGAUGUACCUGGAUUUUUACUUAAAUGUAUUCAAUUAUUUGAAACAACUAUUGUUCGACACGACCAUUGUAUGCGAACUGAUGGCAGUCUCGGUCUGACUGAAUUGCAUAUGUUUAGAGAUAAACUAUUUAUCAAAUUCUUUGUUCUCGUUGAAGGUCUGAUGCUUGUCGGUCCAACUGGCUCUGGAAAAACGAAAAGUUAUGAGUCUUUACAAAUUGCUAUGACAUAUAUGAAAGGAAAAACCAAUCCAGCCGGUUCACCAUUCAAGCCUGUUUAUACUUAUGUACUCAAUCCAAAAUCUAUUACUAUGGGUCAAUUAUACGGUGCAUUCGAUGAUUUAACACAUGAAUGGACUGAUGGUAUACUUUCAACAUUAAUGCGACAUGGUGUUGCAGCAGAAAAUGAUGAUAAGCGAUGGUAUAUAUUUGAUGGACCUGUUGAUGCAGUAUGGAUCGAAAAUAUGAAUACUGUAUUAGAUGAUAAUAAAAAAUUAUGUUUAAGUAGUGGUGAAAUUAUAAAAAUGACUGAAGCUAUGACAAUGAUGUUUGAAGUAGCUGAUUUAUCUCAAGCAUCACCAGCUACUGUAUCACGUUGUGGUAUGGUUUAUUUAGAACCAUCAAUACUUGGUCUACAACCAUUUGUUGAAUGUUGGCUUAAAUGUUUACCUGAUCCUAUAUUUAAACAUUAUGAUACAAUUAAGCAAUUAUUUGAUGCUUAUCUUGAAUCAUCAAUAAAAUUCAUUCGAAAAAAUGUUAAAGAAAUUAUUCCAACAUAUGAUAGUAAUUUAACAUUUAGUUUAAUUAAAAUGCUCGAUUGUUUUAUUCAACCAUUUCGACCACGAGAAUCCGAUAAACAAGCACCACCGGAAGCCUUUGAACAUGUAGGUGAAUUACUUGAACCAUGGUUUAUCUUUUCACUUAUUUGGUCUGUUGGUGCUUCAUGUGAUAAUGAUUCACGUCGAAAAUUUUCAGAAUGGUUACGGAAGAAAUUUGAACAUAGUCCGAUUAAAAUUCCAAUUCCAGAUGAUGGACUUGUUUAUGAUUAUGUUUUUGAUGAUGGUGGAAUUGUAGCACCAGCAGAAGAAAAAUCUGAAGAAGAAAGUAAUGAUGAAAGUAAAAAACGUCGACCUCAUUGGAAACAUUGGUUAGCUGAUUUACCACCAUAUCAAAUAGCAAAUGAUGCAAAAUAUUCUGAUAUACUUGUACCAACAAUUGAUAAUAUACGUAAUGCAUAUAUUAUUGAAAUGCUUUUACGUAUGGAUCGUCCAGUUCUAUGUGUUGGACCAACAGGAACAAGCAAAACAUUAACUGUUGCUGAUAAACUUAUGCGUUCAAUGCCAAAAGAAUUUAGUCCUGAAUUUAUUGUCUUUUCAGCUAAAACAAAUGCUAAUCAAACACAAGAUUUAAUUGAUUCAAAAUUAGAUAAAAGACGUCGUGGUAUAUAUGGUCCACCACUUGGCAAAGUAUUUCUUUUCUUUAUUGAUGAUCUUAAUAUGCCAGCAUUAGAAACUUAUGGUGCACAACCACCUAUUGAAUUAAUUCGACAAUAUAUGGACUUUAAAGGGUGGUAUGAUCGAAAAGUUGUUGGCGAAUUUCGUACUUUAGUUGAUAUAAAUUUUGUUUGUUCUAUGGGUCCACCAGGUGGUGGUCGUAAUCCUGUGACACCUCGUUUGACACGUCAUUUCAAUUUUAUUUCAUUUACGGAACUUGAAAAUGAUAGUAUGAAAAAAAUUUUUGCAACUAUAUUUAAUUGGUGGUCAAGACAAAAUGAAUUUUUAUUAAAUAUUAGUGAUAAAUUAAUCAUGUCAUCAAUUGAAGUAUAUAAAACAGUUUGUACAUCAUUAUUACCAACACCAAGCAAAUCACAUUAUACAUUUAAUCUUCGAGAUUUAUCUAAAAUUUUUCAAGGCAUGUUAAUGAUGGAAUCAAAAAAAGUUGAUAGUGUUGAAAAUCUCCUUCGUUUAUGGUAUCAUGAAAAUUGUCGUGUAUUUCAAGAUCGUUUAAUUAAUGAUGAAGAUCGAGAUUGGUUUCGUUCAUUACUUGGUGAACGUAUGGUAGCAGAUUUUCAUGUAAAUUUUAAUGAUGUCGUACAAGAACCAGUACUUUAUGGAGAUUUUGUUGCUCAUAGUGGUGAUAGAGCUUAUCAAGAAAUAGAUGAUUUAAAAAUGAUGAAAAAACGUUUAGAUGAUUAUUUAGAAGAAUAUAAUCAAGUUAAUGUUGCUAAAAUGAAUUUAGUAUUAUUUAUGGAUGCAAUGAAACAUAUUGCAAGAAUAAUACGUAUUAUUAAACAACCACUUGGCAAUGCAUUAUUAUUAGGUGUUGGAGGUUCUGGACGGCAAUCACUUACACGACUUGCUGCAUUCAUUGCUGAAUAUGAAAUUCGCUCGAUUCAAUUAUCAAAAAGCUAUGGUAUAACCGAAUGGAAAGAUGACUUAAGAAAAUUUAUGCUUCAUGCUGGUCUUCGUAAUACAGCGACUGUUUUUCUUUUUUCUGAUACACAAAUCAAAAGUGAAUCAUUUCUUGAAGAUCUUAAUAAUAUAUUGAAUAGUGGUGAUGUACCAAAUAUAUAUCAAUUUGAUGAACUUGAACAAAUUUAUACAGCAAUGAAACCUGUUAUAUCCGAAGCAGGUUUACCACCAACAAAAACUAAUCUUUAUUCAGCUUAUACGAAACGUGUACGACAAAAUCUACAUAGUGUUGUUUGUAUGAGUCCAAUUGGUGAAGUUUUUCGUGCACGACUUCGUCAAUUUCCUGCAUUAGUCAAUUGUUGUACAAUUGAUUGGUAUUCUGAAUGGCCUAAAGAUGCCUUAGAAGCUGUUUCUGAAACAUAUUUAAAUAAUAUGCCAACAUUAGAUGCUGAUGAUAAUGUUGUUAGUGGUCUAGUUAAAUUAUGUCAAGAAAUUCAUCAAUCUGUAGCACUUACGACACAAAAAUAUCGUGAAGAAAUGAGUCGAUAUAAUUAUGUUACACCAACAUCAUAUCUUGAAUUAUUAAAUAUAUUUUCAAAAAUAUUUGGUAAAAAGAAAGAUGAACUAGUUUUAGCUAAAAAACGUACAAAAACUGGCUUAGAUAAAUUAUUAGCAACAGAAAAAGAUGUUGCAAAAUUACGUGUUGAAUUAAAUGAAAUGUUACCAUUACUUGAUCAAGCUGUGCGUGAAACAAAUGAAACAAUGGCUAAAAUAGCUGAAGAUACAACAAAUACAGAAGAAAUUAAAACCAAAGUAGCUAGUGAAGAAGAACAAGUUUUAAAAAAAGUACAAGAAACACGUGCUAUUGCAAGUGAAGCAUCAGAUCGUUUAGCUGAAGCUCUACCGGCACUUGAAGCGGCAUUACAAAGUCUUGAAGUUUUAUCAAAAAAUGAUAUUAAUGAAGUACGUGCAUUACAACGACCACCACCUGGUGUUAAACUAACAAUGGAAGCUGUUUGUAUAUUAAAACAAGUUGAACCAUUAAAAGUACCUGUGCCUAGUAAACCAGGUAAAAAAGAAGAUGAUUAUUGGGAACCAGGUCGUGGUUUAUUAGGUGAUGCUGGAAAAUUUCUUCAAUCAUUAAGAGAUUUUGAUAAAGAAAAUAUUCCAGAAAUUGUUAUACAAAAAUUACAAAAACAUAUUGAUAGUCCUGAUUUUGAUCCAAUUAAAAUAGAAAAAACUUCAAAAGCAUGUAAAUCAUUAUGUAUGUGGAGUCGAGCUAUGUAUUCAUUUUAUAUGAUUAAUAAAGAAGUUGCACCACGUAAAGAAGCAUUAGCUAAUGCUGAAGCUGAAUUAGCUGUUGUUAAAGAAGAAUUAGCAACUAAAAAACGUGAAUUAAAAAAAUUAGAAGAAGGUUUAAGAACAUUACAAGUUAAAUAUGAAGAUGCUGUUAGAAAAAAAAAUGAAUAUGAAACUAAAGUCGAUGAAUGUAAUCAACGAAUUGUUCGAGCUGAACGUCUAACAACUGGUCUUGGGGAUGAAAAAGUUCGUUGGCAAGAAAAUGUCUCAAUGCUUGAUCAUUCAUUAGAAAAUGUUAUUGGUGAUGUACUUAUAUCAUCAGGUUUUGUUGCAUAUCUUGGUCCAUUUACUACUGAAUAUCGUGAUAAUAUGAUCAAAGAAUGGAUAACUAAAUUAACAGCAUAUCAAGUUCCACAUUCUGAAAAUCCUGAAUUAGUUCGUGUACUUGGUGAUGCUGUUAAAAUUCGUAAUUGGCAAUUAGCUGGUUUACCUAAGGAUAAUUUAUCGGUACAAAAUGGUGUUAUUGUUCAAUAUUCAAAUCGUUGGCCUUUAUUUAUUGAUCCACAAGGGCAAGCUAACAAAUGGAUUAAAAAUAUGGAAAAAAAUACUGGUCUUGAUGUAAUGAAAUUAUCUGAUCGUGAUUAUUUACGUACACUUGAAAAUUCAAUUCGUUUUGGUAAACCUUGUUUAUUAGAAAAUGUUGGAAUUGAUAUGGAUCCUGCUCUUGAGCCCGUUCUUUUAAGACAAACUUAUCGUCAAUCGGGUAGUACAGUUAUUAAAUUAGGUGAUGCUAUUAUACCAUAUCAUGAUGAUUUUCGUUUUUAUAUAACAACUAAAUUACCUAAUCCACAUUAUUCACCUGAAAUAUCAGUUAAAGUAACAUUAGUUAAUUUUACAUUAUCACCAAGUGGUUUGGAAGAUCAAAUGUUAGCUCGUGUUGUUGCUGAAGAACGUCCUGAUUUAGAAGAAAUGAAAAAUACAUUAAUUAUUUCAAAUGCAACAAUGCGUAAUGAAUUAAAAGCAUUAGAAGACACUAUACUUGAAAAAUUAAGUACAAGUGAAAAUCCUGUUGAUGAUAUUGAAUUAAUAACUGCGCUUGAAGCAUCAAAAGCAAAAUCAACUGAAAUUAAAACAAAAAUGCAAGCAGCUGAACAAACAGAAAAAGAUAUUGAUUUGACUCGUGCUGAAUAUGUUCCUGUAGCUAUCAAUACACAAAUCUUAUUUUUCUGUGUAUCAGACUUAGCCAAUGUUGAUCCUAUGUAUCAAUAUUCAUUAGAAUGGUUUACAAAUAUAUUUUUAACAAGUAUUCAAAGUGCACCACGUGCAGAUGUUUUGGAAAAACGUAUUAAAAAUAUAAAUGAUUAUUUUACAUUUAGUCUUUAUUGUAAUGUAUGUCGAAGUUUAUUUGAAAAACAUAAAUUAUUAUUUGCAUUUUUACUAACUGUACGAAUAUUAAUGAAUCAAAAGAAAAUACAAAUGGUAAGUUAA